AUGAUUGCUUCCACCCCCGUUACACCAUCUGACAAAGGGAAAGCACCAUCUUCAUCAGCUGCAUGUGGUGUUCACAACUGGAGUGUUGCAGACCUGCCUGAUCCUGAAGGGUACUUUGAAAAAGUGAAACAUCCCACUGCAGACAGGAUCCUGGAAUAA